AUGGAUGACUGUUCCAGUGCAAACUGGAGAGCCUACAUUAGAUAUGAAAGUGGAGCAGUCGUUUUGGAUCUGAAUGGAAAAGGACUAUCCAGUGUACCUGCUGCAGUCACUGAACUGAUUGAAGUGGAGGAAAUUAGGCUGCGUAAAAAUAAUCUGUCUGCGUUGCCAACAAGUAUCAACAAGCUGGAAAAUCUUCAAAUGCUGGAUGUAGCUGGUAACAACCUAACCCAUUUACCAGCUGAGACUGGCGACCUGAAAGAGCUGAGGUUGUUGAAAGCGGGUUUCAACCAGUUAGUUAGUGUACCUUCCAGUAUACAGAAGCUGGACAAACUUGAAAAGCUGUACCUGGGUAAUAACAGGCUAAAAGAAUUGCCUAUUGAGAUUUGUGACCUGAAGGAACUGAGGGUAUUGAGUGUGAGUAACAACCAGUUGGUUGGUUUACCACAGAUUGCACUGAACAAGCUUGAAGCUCUGAACUUGGAUAAUAAUAGAUUGACAGAAUUACCCACUUCAGUUGGUGACCUGAAGGAGCUAAGAGUGUUGAAAGUAAGAAACAACAAGCUGGUUGGUUUAUCUUCCAGUAUACAGCAGCUGAGCAAGCUUUCCUGGUUGUACUUGGAUAAGAACAGUCUAACGGAAUUACCCUCCGAGAUUGGUCACCUGAAGGAGCUGAGAGUCUUGCAAGUGACUUACAACUGUUUGGUUGGUCUGCCUACUAGUGUGCUGAAGCUGAACAAGCUUGAAGAGCUGUACUUGGGUGCAAACAAACUUAGAGAAAUACCCGCUGAGAUUGGAAACCUGAAGGAGCUGAGGUUACUAGAUAUCAGUAACAACGAGUUGGCUCAUUUACCUACCAGUAUGAAGAAGCUGGGUUACCUUGAAAAACUAUAUUUGGGUUAUAACAAACUUACUGCAUUACCUACUGAAAUUGGUGAUCUGACAAACCUGAAAGAAAUGUAUGUGAGGGGUAAUCCCUUCACUGUUGAUGCUGUAAGAUAUGUUCUGAAGUUGCAGAAAAAAGGAAUGCAUACAGAUAUUUCAGGUGAGAAAAAGCCUAAAGGGAUGGUUACCAAUAUUAUUGCAAGAAGCUGAGUAUGAUGUGAAGAAUUAUGCAGAUUGAGGAGAAUGUUAUUUGGCCCUUGCCAAGUGGAUAACUGUCUCCGAGACCUUUAUAAUUCUUCACAUCAUACGAGAGGCAGCGAGCUAAAUUCAAUUGUUCUAUUAUAUUCUUAUUUUUAAUUCAAAAUAUUUCUAAGUUCUUAACAAGUUUACCUCAUUGCAGACUUUCUUUAAAACUCUGGUCUAUUUCCCUGCACAGUUUCAGGAUAUAAAGUCAGAUUUUUUUCUUGUAGAUACUCCUCAAAAGAUACUCCUCAGAAAGUACAGAAAUAGAAAUCUACUGAGCAGUAUGCUCUGCUUAUUCUUGCAAUUCGUCUGUUCAGUGUAAGCCUGCAUAGCAAGCGUUUGCAAUCAAGUUAUGGUGCGAAAAUUGGAGCGAGAGCAAACGAAAUGAAAGAUCAAAUUCCUCUUUUCGCCUCUCGUCCCAACUUUCUCAACAAAUUCGCGCGGGAACGCUUGCUACGCUGGCUAGUUAAGUUUUAGUAAAAAAAAUUUAGCCAUUUGGAAUAGUCACGAGCGCCAUUUUUUAGUUCACUCGCGGGAAUAAAAACCUUGGCUGCCGCUCCUGGAAACAAGUUUGAUUAUAGGGAUAUUUGCCUGGAAAGGAGGCCUCUUGGGCAAUACAGCAUCAAUACAUGUAGCCCUUCGUCCGAACAAAGUGCUCAAACUGUCAGCUUUUUUAUCCCUUUAUGCAUGGUGAUGAAACCACAUUUUUGUGUUGUUAAUAGAGACCUUUGUCACAUUAGCCAAACGGUGUGCGCAUUUUCCUGGUCCCUAUGUGACAGACGUCCUGUAUCUUUACUAGUUUUUUGUAUUGCUUAUUUUCUGUAUUGCUUAUUGGUCACUGUAAUUAUAAUAAUAAUAAUAAUUAAUUGCCAUUACCCUAGCUCCCACAGAAAUAGAAGCCCAAGGAGAAAGAGCCCAGCAAAUUUACCAACGUGCUUUAAGAGAUGGCGCUGUUAAAGUUUACCGUGGUCGGGUAUUGCUUAUUGGUCAGGAUCGAGCAGGAAAAACAAGCUUGAAAAAGUCUCUCAUUGGUCUACCGUUUAAUCCCAAAGAAAGUAGUACUGACGGAAUUGAGGUGGAUCCUUCAUCUUUUCAACUGGACGUUGAUGAAGUUAAGAAUUGGCAACCCAUUGAUGAAAGCAAACAAGGAUUGUUGCCGGGAUGUUCGACAGAUGUGGCACAGAUGGUGGUGGAGAAACUUUGUAUUCCAGUUAGCCAUAAUUGGGAAGAGAAAGAAGGUACAGAAAAAGAUGUGCAGCUUGAUGGUUAUGAUAACAAGGAUGAGAAAGAGCUUGAGGACAAUGAUUGUGAAAAGGAAGAAGAUUCAAUAGAACAGGUUUAUCUUCAGUCCCCUAACAUUUGCUUCCUUACCGUAAAAUAAUGAUCUCGUAGACCCCCUCUUAUUCCUCCAAAAUACUUGGAAAUAACAAAAUAGAUCAAAAUAAUAUUCAACCUCUUUUUCACUUUUUUGCUUCGUUAAUUAGAGUUUACACUUACAUAGUAUCGUGUUCAUUUUCAAGUUCAAAGUUAAGAUUCUGUCAUUGUACUUGAGCUUUACGAAAACGACACAGAUACCUAAAUGGCUACACUUGCUACAAGUCGACCUCUCACAAGUUCUUAAAAGUGAACAAAGCGAGCUUCAAUGCAUGUGGUCGCGCAGCGACCGAGCGUGCGACGAAGUCUCGAGGUCGACUUGUUUCGCCUGAAUGGAUUUAAAUCAUAUCAUAAAUCACGCGGGAAACUGAAAAUGAUGGACAUAAGCUGUGCUGGGAGCGGCGUGAAAUAUCACUGUCCAAUUUGUCAAUUGUCAUGACGUCACCGGUAGAAUUUUCGACCGGUGAAUUUCGCGCCAAACAGAUAUGAAAAGUCCUUUAAAAUAGCAUAACCAACCAGGAAAAAAAAUAAAGGACUUUCAGAGAGUCUACUAAAUGGCCUAGACGUAAAUCUAUCAAUGGUUGGACUGAAUCUGAAUCUCCUGUUUAAAAUCUGAGGUUGUGUAAUAUUCGUGGAAAGCAUAUUAGUUUUGUUGGGUUUUACAUGUGUAAUGCCUCUCCACUCUUUUAAACGCCUGAGCAUUUCUAUUAAACAACCCCGCUUGGGCUCCUAAAAUUGAAUAGGCAUCUAUUAGAUCAUUUAGGCCAUUAAAUCAGGUCAGAGGGGCUAUGUCAUGCGCUCUUUCCUAUCUUUUUAAAGAAGUAAAACUUUUUUCGCAUCAUUUGAAUUCCAAAAAUGCGAUAAAAUAAUAUAGCUUUAGACUCUAAGACGAGGACAACUACGAGUGCGAGAUUUUCUCAAGUAUAAAAGGCACUUAGUUUAUUUCAGACUUUUUAACUUGGUACGUUAUUACCCUAUUACAGGUUCCUGAUCCAAAAGAAGAAAGUGUCAGUGAACUGUCAUCAUCGGGUCCUUAUCAUGAGUUAGAGGUUGAUAACACUUCACCUCCAGCUGAGAUCCAAGAGCGAGCCGUUAAUUUGAUAAGGUAUUUGAAAGGUGAAAAAGAUGUUACGGAAAAUUCCGUUGGUAGCAUUGAACUUUGGGAUUUUGCUGGACAACAGCUGUACUAUGCAUCUCAUCCUGUAUUUUUAACAUCACGUGCAAUAUGUAUCUUAGUGUGUAACCUGAGCAAAUCGUUGCACCUAACCGCUCAACCCUGUGUGAGACAAGGAAAUUAUGACGUCUUGUUGGACAACCCAAACGGGGAAACAAAUCUGGAGAAUCUGCUCUCUUGGCUGUCCACCGUGCAUAGCAUCACGCAGAUGAGGGGAGGAGCCCGUGACAGUGCCGAAGAAAAGCUGCCCCAUUUGCGUCCCCCUGUGAUCAUUGUAGGUACCCAUGCAGACCAGCCAUUUAAAGACAUUGCAACUAUGAAGUCUGAAAUACAGAGGGCAAUUGCUGGUAAGGACUAUGAAGGACAUGUGGUUCGGCCUAUCUUCAGCAUUGACAACACUGCAAAAUUACUUCAGAGUAAGAUAAAAAAGGUUUUCUGGCAAGAUAAAAGCAUCGAUGACAUCCAAGCUCUCCAGGACAAAAUCAUGGAAGUGCUAAGGCAGGAGCCUUACAUGGGGGAGAUGAUACCUGUGAGGUAAAUAAUAGUAAUAAAAGAACAGGAGUUUAUUAAAUGAGAAUUUCCAUGUCUAGAGUUAAGGUGUGGCGGCAUUAAAAUGUUUUAUAUUUGUAGCACUCUUUGUUACAGUCCUUAUAGGUUUUUGUCGAGUGGUUAGAGCACUGGAAUUAUUGCAAUCCGGAGGCCGCGAUUUCAAUCCCGUCCUAACUGCUUCCUGGAUUUCUCCACGGUAUUCCCGAGUGCAACUCCUCACAGUCACCCUUGUUAACAGCCAACUGGUUUGCCUCCGGCCAGUUGGGAUUCUUAACCUUGUGGGCCGCACAGAAAACUACUGGUUUACCAGUAAUUAUGUUACCCCUAUAAUAAUCAGUGGCUAUGACGGCACACAAAAGCGUGACCCAAAACAUUUGAAGGCUGAUGCUACAUUAUAGUCCUUCACUCGGGUUGAAAGACAAUGUCAGGAAUAGGAAAAGUAUGUAACUUUUUAAAAAAGUGAAUCAAGCAGAGGAACCGUUGAAUCCAUGUUAUUUUUUGACAGCUCCUUCUUACAAUAAUAAUAAUAAUAAUAAUAAUAAUAAUAAUAAUAAUAAUAAUAAUAAUAAUAAUAAAAUAUUUAUAUAGCGCUUAUACUUUUCAGUGCUAAGCGCUUACAGGUAUUGUGUCUAAUCAGAAAAAGUUUUCAGUGAUUCCUGUUUUAACUACCUGCCAGUUAUGGGUAGUAUAAUUUUCUUGGUGUUGCAGACGGGUCCGAUCACCAAACAACGUGAUACAAAACGGAUUGAAAAGACACUGAACAAUGCCUACACUACAACACAAAAGCAAACCAACAAUGGUUUCCACAACAUCCAAAAAACACCCCAGUUAUGGAUAUCUGGCUGCUCAGUGAUAAAUGUUUAUCAUAGUACAGGUUUUAGUGACUUUGAAGGCAAUGACCACGGGAAGGGUUUGAUGGAAAAUUUGUGGCUUGAUUUCAGGUGUCGAUCACAAAAAAAGAACAUUACGUUCCCUUUAAGUUCGAAAGACUUUGCAUUUUAUUUUUUUGUUUUUAACUGGUAACCCUGCAUAAUGCAAAAGAAUUUUGAACUUUAUAUGCAUAUGGAUUUGCAACACAUUCAAUAAGGUCCAUUCAGUGAAGUUGACAUCCAGAAGUUCUGUUACUCUCCUAUUUUGCUUCUGCACCCCCCUCACCCAAUAUGUCACUACAGUCAGAAGCACUUCAGUGACAUGAAUACUUUUUUCAAACCAGGUGGCUAAACUUUGAGAAGGUCAUCAAUGCUUUGCUAUCCAAAGAAGUGCAUCACUUGAAUAUAAAGGAACUUCAAAGUUAUGCCAAAGAGAAGUGCUUUAUUGAUGACGAGGAAGAGUUUACCACCAUGGUAAAUUUCUAUCAUGACCUGGGCAUUAUCAUCAAGCACUACAGCACAGUCAUUCUGAGUGCGAAGUGGCUGAUAGAUCUAUUCGGGCAGCUUAUCACUAUUCCAGAUUUUAAUAAAAUGGUAAGAAUUUUGAUAGGUACUUGUUUGAACUGUUGCAAGGGUUUUUUCUUUCACAAUGGUCCCCACUUUUUAAAUCUUUUUUCAAUUUACUGUCUCUAGGACCCCAAGGUUUCCAAGCACUGGAAGGAAGUUGAAGAAAGCGGUGUCCUCAGUAUAGAACUAGUUGAUCAUGUGUUUUCCAAAUUUCUUCUGAAGGGCAUUGCGAGGGAUGACAUUCUGGACAUGAUGAAACAAUUUGGUUUGAUUGCAAAGUUUACAUCCUCUAAAAAUGAUGAAAAGUAUUUCGUGCCAUGCCAGCUCAAAAUGCCACCUAAUUCCCUUUGUUCUAUGGUACCUUCAAGCUCUGAUCCCUGUCCUCUUUAUGUUUAUUUUUCCACCGGUUUCGUCCCCCAUGGCUUGUUCACACUACUUGUUUCUAGACUCGUCAGUUGGUGUUCUGAGGCUGGUCCAACUCAACCCCCUACCCUUUAUCGAAAUGGAGCAUGGUUUAUUAUUGGCAGGCAAAUUAUCCACGAUUUGGUUCUCAUUUGUAAAAAGCAGUUCAUUAAGUUUUUCGUCAAGCAAAGAGCCCAAGAUCAGCACAUCAAAGGAGAUGACGCCAGGGAAACUGCAAUUCAGGUUCUUGAGUUUUUGGAGACAACUUUACAAUCUUUGUCAAAGGAUCUUCCUUAUCUACGUGGACUGCAGUAUCAGGUAAGGGUCAGAUGCCCAUACUGUCAGCUGGAAAAGUGUACUGGGCAUAAUCAGAUGGCAUGUACUCAUGAAGACUGUCUUCACCUCCUCGAGUUACGACACGGCCACCCCUUGAUCUGCAAAAAGAAACCUGCAAACAGAGUUCUUACAGUUCAGGGACAAGAGAAAUGGUUCUCGCAGACAAUAAGUCAGGUAGGUAGUGAAAUUCAUUCAAUUUCUAGCAAUACUAUUAGCACUUCAUAAACUUACGAUUAAAUAACAAUUUAUAUAUAAACCAGCAGGCCUCGGUUGUUAAUUAGUUUCCCCGAUACUUAUCCGAUACUUAUCUGAUGGAUAGUGAUUUAUCCGGUGGAUAGCGCUAUCCUACGUUUGAACAACCGGGGCCAGGGCUAUAGCACGUACGGUAUCUUGGAAGUCAAUGUUACUUGAUGUCUAAACUACUUAAGAGCAGACCAUGUUACCUUUAUUAGAUUAUCGGGCGAUACUUAUCGCACUGUAUGUGUCUACUUGUAGGCUCUCUUUGGGUCUCUAGAUUAAAGAAAGUCCGAAGGAAUUAAGACUGAGGACUUGCUUCACUUUUAUGUUAGAAAAGUGGACCUUUUCGGACUCCUGAGCUGAUAAUUGUACAUACCUCACCUCACCCCUCGUAUUUAGUUUUUGUUUUAGUGAACGGCAUAGCAACUGUGUCGAAUUACAUAUGCAAUUUACAUUCUGCUAGUUGUUUUAACAACUUUAUUGCCAGGAAUAUAUAGAGCAUUUAUAUAGUCUGUGUGUCAUAAUUAUGUGAUCUAUUCAUAUAUGUUUUAUAUCUCUUUUAUUUUUUAUUUUUCCUCUGCAAACGAAAAUGCGCUUUUUGAGUUGGAAAGUCUCGGCCCCAUACUUUCCUUAAACGGUUUAACUUUUUGUUUCCGGACAGGAAACGUGUUCAUUCUCACCUGGUGUAACAAGUCAGCAUCGAGAAUGUUUAAUCUUGAAAGUUGCCCUUCUGGCUAUUGAGUGGGGAUCAUCUAAGGGUGGGCUGUCAACAGUCAACAGAACACUUGCGAUACAUUUGGCAAAACUCUCAAACGUAGAAGUUACUAUUCUUGUGCCUGAAUAUGAGUGCAGUGAAGAUGACAAGAGAACUGCCAGGAGUCAUAACAUUGCCGUAAGGGAAGCAGAGCAUCUUCCUGGCUUCAGUGAUCCUCUAGAUUGGUUGAGCUUUCCACCAGAUGACCUUGAUAUCCAAGUUGUGAUUGGCCAUGGUGCAAAGCUUGGCAGACAGGCCCAAGUAAUCAGAAAGUCUCACUGCUGCAAGUGGGCGCAGGUAGUGCACACUGAACCUGAAGAGCUGGCAAUGCAUAAGAACUAUCCUGGUGCCGUUGCCAAAGGGGAAGAAAAGAACAGAGCAGAAGUUGACUUGUGCCAAAUUGCAGAUCUCGUAGUGGCGGUUGGGCCCAAGUUGACAGAAGCAUUCUCGUCCAAACUGCGUUCAACUCAUCGAGAAAUCUUUCAGUUAAUACCAGGUUCCUUUGAAGAGUUUUUUGAUAUUAAACGUACUACACAAGAGAGUGCGAAUUUCAAAGUGUUAGCCUUUGGUCGCGGUGAUUUUGAAGACUUUAGUCUCAAAGGGUAUGACAUUGCCGCUAAAGCCAUUGUUGAAUUGAAGGACAGUUCAUACCGUCUGAUCUUUGUUGGUGCUCCUGAUGGAAAGCAGGAUGAAGUCGCCGAUAAUUUACUCCAGUCGGGCAUUUCAAGAAACCAACUGAUUGUCAGAUCAUUUGUGAAAAACAAGCAAAGAUUGAAAGAGUUGUUUUGUGAAGUUGAUGUGGCCAUCAUGCCGUCAAGAACUGAGGGGUUUGGCUUGACGGCACUGGAAGCCAUGUCAGCUGGUCUUCCCAUUCUGGUAAGUGGAAACUCUGGGUUUGGAGAAGCAUUGCGUGAUCUUCCAACAGGAGAUUCAUUUGUGAUUGAUUCAGAUGAUCCCAAGGCAUGGGCAAGGGAAAUUGCUGCUAUCCGUAAAAAACCCAAGAUACAAUUGCUUCAGGAUAUCCAAAGACUACGGAGCUGUUAUGAAGAGAGAUUCAGUUGGGAAAGACAAUGUCAGACCCUUGUUGACGAGAUGUGGAAGAUAGUUUACGGUAAGGAGGUUAAGUAACGACAAUGAUAGUGAUAUUGUAAUGUGCGUUCAAAUUUGAAUUCGAAUGCGUAUCUCAGCGUGAUUGUCCUUUUUUACAUUUAAAUAUGAGCAUACCUAUUCUCCUCGUACACUCUUCUCCUUACAUUUCUUGUGGUAAAGGGUCUGGAUGGGGGUCCUGAUCCCGCAUUCCCGCUUCUUUGUCACAACGAUCCCGCAUCCCGAACUACUGUCAUUGAUCCGUAUACAUUUCUAUCCCGAAUACCGUUCGUUUUCUUUGUCAAUACCACAUCCUUCGCCAAGAUUUUAGCGAAUCCCGCUUCCCGAGUAGCGGUCAAAUCCCGUAUCCCGUCAAGAAAUGUUGCUUUUUCACGAAUCUCGCGCUAUAUUUCUGUCAAACCCCAUGGAUUAUAUACACAUUCUCUUCCAAAGUAGAUGUGUCCAGACGUCUCCUCGCAAGUCCUCCGACAAUUGGACUCUCGUGAACGACCACCUCCCGUAAGCGACCACUAACUCUCCGCAUUUUGUGUGGUCUUGUACGGGAGGGUAGACUGUAUCAAAGAGAACGAAUGGUGCGUUACAGAGGUUGUAAUCCUUGACCUUUCUUUUUAAUUCAUCGCCUAUUUAAACAUUACAGGUGCGGGAAGACCCCGGGAACAUGCAUUUCCAGUGAACAGCUUUGAAGAAGGUGUUUCAACAGGACAGUUGCCAGGUGAUAUCAUUGUCUGCUAUUUUUGGAGGAGAGUAUUCUGAUUUUGUUCAGUUUAAGCCGCGGUAAUUUAACCGGAAUUCGUUUUCGCACGAAAUUGUCUGGUGUUUUUGGCUUUGUAUUGAUGUACUAUCCUCUAUUAAACUAACGUGAAAAGUGACCACUGUUUAAUUGGUUUCCCUCUAUCAUUUACAGAUGAACCCGUUUUCCAUGCACUUCAACAAAUCCAACUGGAAACACGCACGAAGACCAGUAAAACGGAGCUCUCACUGAAUUUAAAGAGCAUUUCUCUGGAUAAAGGUUUCCUGAUUUCCGAUAAUCAAGGAGAAGGAAACUGUAUGUUUUUGGCACUUUCAGAGCAGCUUGAGCUCAUUAAAGGAAUCAAAAUCUCCCAUAAAGAGUUACGCUUAGCCGUUGUUCAUUACCUUAAGGAAAACUCUAAGCUGGUUAGUGUGUUAUUAUUCUUUGUCAGUGUCUUAAGUUAUUUGUCCUACACUAGCAAAGUAAGCAUUGAAUGAUGAUGGCAGAGACAGCAUUCCGUUCGGUUCUAGUGUAAAUUUAGUAACGGAGACGGAGGCAUUUAAAGGAAACAUUUUCUUCUUUUCCGCUUCGGUCGUCGAGUUUCCGUCGUUUAUAUCUUACAGACAGGCGUGAGACUUAAAGGAGCUGUGUCACGAAAUUCGGCCAAAUUAGGUAAUUACAAAAUGCCCGUUAAAUUAAGAGAAACAUAAAAAUAGUCGCUUAAAACAUUAAAGGAAGGUUAAAAUAAAACAACAGAUACAACAGAUGCCACGGAUGGGAAAAACUGAAGAAGAUUGAAACGGAUAGAAAUUAGGGCUUUUGAAAACUGCUCAGCCUAACAGUUUUUCAAAGUUGAUCUCUGCUGUUUGCAACUUCAAAAAUAAUGCUCAGGAGACAUAUUUGUUUGUCUCGAAUCUCUGCUUGUCUCAUUUACAAGUAAUUUCUUUGCUUACUUUAAGUUCCCUAGCGAUUGUGGGCGAGUAACUGGCAAAAUUAAACAAAAUGAACUGGACUGCCGUGACACAGCCCAUUUAACCAUGGUAGCAGUUUCUCUUUUGUUCCAUAAUUUUGUUUUACACCACGUCUUCUGUCUCUAUUCCAUUGCUUACUUAAAUGCAGACGAAGCUUACUUUGUGAUACUUUUUGUUGAACUCAUCGAAAAGGAGUACCUUUUUUGUCGAAAAUAGUAUAUAAAAGGGCAAGGGGCUGGACAUCGGGGUGGAACCGCCAUGUAUAAAACUUUGAUGAAUAGUCCUUCGGGGUAGACGCAUUUUACUCACGUGGCCAUCAGCUAUGCAAGUGUUUUGAAACAAAAGAACUUUUUUUAUAAAAAAAAACUUCAACUCCCAUAGUAUUACUUUGGGACACUAACGUGGCAGCCGUUUUAUUGUUUUGGGCAUCUAUAAGGCGAGCGUGGUGUCAUAUGAAAAUGCUUUGAGGAGAAUUUUUCUAAGUGAGACGGGUACCUAGUACUGGUGCUAUAGUCUGUUUUAAAUGCUGUUGACAACGACGCAAUUUCCUGAAAAGUAGUGUGUACUAAUGCAUUUCCUCCUCCUCCACCCCACCCCCGCCCCGCUCCUUGUGACUACAGUAUUUUUCUCUUUCAGCCGGAUGGAACAGAGCUGUUCCACUUUGUCCAUGGAUGCUCAUCUUGGGAAGCGUACCUCGCAAGUAUGAAGACUGAUGGUACAUGGGGUGAUCACGUGAUUCUGCAUGGUGCAGCAAACUGUUUUGAGACGUGCAUUCACGUGAUCAGCAGUUUGCCGCAUCACCAUGACGUAUGGAUAUGUCCAGAGUACGAUGUUACUGGUAGCAACCGACUUGUGCUGGGUCACCUAAACAAGCUUCACUAUGUUAGUCUCAUCCCAGAUAUAGGAUGGAAAGAUGUCUGAUUACACUGC